AUGACGACGGACCCCGGCGAGCACGAGAAGGAUCGCAAUCCCUCCGUCGACCUGCUCACCGACGUCCAGCGCCCGGACCAUGACGAGGACAUCGACGCCGAGAAGGAGAUCGCCUCGGCCGAGCUCGAGCGGGACGUCGAUCCCCUCGACAAGGCCGGCGCCGGCGACGACGCCGAGAGCAUAGAGCAGCGCGAGGAGCUCGCCCGCCUGCGCAGCUAUGCCACCAACACCAGCGCCACCACCGCGGCCACCAGCCGGCACCCGCCCGUCCAGCGCAAGUGGUACAAGACCCCGAACCCGCUGCGAUGGGGCAGGAUCCCCGACGUGCCGGAGGAGAAGACCGUCUGCCCGGAGUACAAGGCCGGCUUCUUCAACAAGCUCAUCUUUUACUGGCAGGGCCCGCUCAUGUCGACCGGCUACAAGCGCCAGCUGGAACCAAAUGACAUCUACGACGUGAACCCGGACCGCGCCGUCGAGCCCAUGUCGGCCAAGGUCCGCGAGGCCUUCAACCGCCGCGUCGCAAACGGCGACAAGCACCCGCUGCUGUGGGCCAUCCACGAGGCCUACUUCUGGGAGUUCUGGUUCGGAGGCGCCUGCCAGCUCGUGUCCGCCAUCGUCCAGGUCCUCUCGCCCUUCGUCCUGCGCUACCUCAUCCAGUUCGCCACAGACGCGUAUAUCGCCAACCUCCGCGGCCAGUCCGCGCCGCAUCUCGGCAACGGCAUCGGCCUCGUGUUUGGCGUGACCAUCAUGCAGAUCGUGCAGAGCUUGGGUACCAAUCACUUUAUCUACCGCGGUAUGAUGGUCGGUGGGCAGGUUAGAGCCUCUCUGAUCGGGCUGAUCUACGAGAAGAGCAUGAAGAUCUCCGGGAGGGCCAAGGCUGGCGGUCUCGCGAUCGAGGGAGGAGCAGAGGCUGGCGCGGACGCGGAGAAGCCCGCCGAGAAGCCGAAAGACAAGAAGAACAAGAAGAAGGACAAGAAGGGCCCGCCGGCGCACGCUGCUGACGUCUCGGGAGACGGUAUUGGCUGGGGCAACGGCCGUGUCGUCAACCUCAUGAGCGUCGACACCUACCGUAUCGACCAGGCCUCCGGUCUGUUCCACAUCAUCUGGACGGCGCCCAUCUCCCUGCUCAUCACUCUUGCCCUGCUCCUUGUCAACCUGACCUAUAGCGCCCUCGCCGGCUUCGGCCUGCUCGUCAUCGGCAUGCCCAUCCUGACCCGCGCCAUCAAGAGCCUGUUCGUGCGCCGCAAGGGCAUCAACAAGAUCACUGACCAGCGCGUCAGUCUGACCCAAGAGAUCCUGCAAUCCGUGCGCUUUGUCAAGUACUUCGGCUGGGAGAGCUCCUUCAUGAAGCGCCUCGAGGAGUACCGCGCGCGCGAGAUCUCGGCCAUCCAAGUCGUGCUGUCGAUCCGUAACGCCAUCAUGGCCAUCUCGCUGUCGCUGCCUAUCUUCGCGUCCAUGCUCUCUUUCAUUACUUACUCGCUGUCCCACCACAAUCUGAACCCGGCCGAGGUCUUCUCGUCUCUGGCUCUGUUCAACGGCCUGCGCAUGCCGCUCAACCUGCUGCCCCUAGUCAUUGGCCAGGUCACCGACGCCUGGUCCUCCGUCAAGCGUAUCGAGGAGUUCAUGCUCGCCGAGGAGCAAGAGGAGGAGCUGGCCUGGAAACCAGACGGCGAGAACGCCGUCGAGAUGCACCACGCCUCUUUUACCUGGGAGCGCACGCCGACGCAGGAUACCGAGGACGGCGGCAAGGGCGACAAGCCAAAGGGCGGAGUAAAGCAGCAGCCGCAACAGCCACGACCGCAAUCUCCAGCAGGCAGCUCUGGCGACGCGAGUACCCUGGUUGAGGAGAGAGAACCUUUCAAGCUGCAGGACAUCAGUUUCGAGAUCGGCCGCAAUGAGCUAGUCGCCGUGAUCGGCACCGUAGGCAGUGGUAAGACGUCCCUCCUCGCAGCCUUGGCGGGUGACAUGCGCAAGACGAGCGGCGAGGUCGUCCUCGGAGCGCAGAGGGCCUUCUGCCCGCAGUACGCAUGGAUCCAGAACGCCACGCUGCGGGACAACAUCCUCUUCGGCAAGGAGAUGGACAAGCAGUGGUACCGCGACGUCAUCAAGGCCUGCGCCCUGCAGCCCGACCUCGACAUGCUGCCCCACAACGACCUGACCGAGAUUGGCGAGCGCGGCAUCACCAUCUCCGGAGGGCAGAAGCAGCGCCUCAACAUCGCGCGCGCCAUCUACUUUGACGCCGACAUCGUGCUCAUGGACGACCCGCUCAGUGCUGUCGACGCGCACGUCGGCCGCCAUAUCUUUGACAAUGCCAUCAUGGGUCUGCUCAAGGACAAGUGCCGCGUGCUGGCGACGCAUCAGCUCUGGGUGCUCAACCGCUGCGACAGGAUCAUCUGGAUGGAGGGCGGCAAGAUCCAAGCGAUUGAUACCUUCGAAAACCUCAUGCGUGAUCACGCCGGGUUCCAGCAGCUCAUGGAGACCACGGCCGUCGAGGAGGAAAAGAAGGACGGGCCCGCACUGACGCAGACCGCCCUCAGCAAGGACGAACGCCGCGGCAAGAAGAAGGGCAAGGCGCUGAUGCAAUCCGAAGAGCGCGCUGUUGCUAGUGUACCAUGGUCCGUCUACGGCGACUACGUCCGCGCCUCGGGCUCGAUAUUCAAUGGCGUCAUCGUCUUCUUCCUCCUUGUCAUCUCCCAGGCCGCCAACAUCGUCACCUCGCUCUGGCUCUCGUGGUGGACCUCGGACAAGUACGGCCUGACGACGGGCAUCUACAUUGGCGUGUAUGCCGGCCUGGGCGCCGUGCAGGCCCUGCUCAUGUUCCUCUUCAUGGUCUCGCUGUCCAUCUUCGGCACGGCGGCCAGCAAGGCCCUCCUGCGCCAGGCCGUCUCGCGUGUCCUGCGCGCGCCCAUGUCCUUCUUCGACACGACGCCGCUGGGCCGCAUCACGAACCGCUUCAGCCGCGACGUCGACGUCAUGGACAACAACCUGUCGGACGCGAUGCGCAUGUACUUCUUCUCCAUCGCCGCCAUCCUCGCCGUCUUUGCGCUCAUCAUCGCCUACUUCCACUACUUCGCCAUCGCGCUGGUGCCCCUCUUCUUUUUGUUCCUGUUCGCCACGACCUACUACCGCGCCUCGGCGCGCGAGGUCAAGCGCUUCGAGAGCGUCCUGCGCUCGACGGUGUUUGCCAAGUUCGGCGAGGGCCUCAGCGGCGUGUCGUCGAUCCGCGCGUACGGCCUGCAGGACCGCUUCGUCGGGGAGCUGCGCCGGGCCAUCGACGAGAUGAACGCGGCGUACUACCUGACCUUUUCCAACCAGCGCUGGCUCGCCGUGCGCCUCGACAUGAUCGGCAACCUGCUCGUCUUCACGACGGGCAUCCUGGUCGUCACGUCGCGCUUCAGCGUGUCGCCCUCGAUCGGCGGCCUGGUGCUGUCGUACAUCCUCGCCAUCGUGCAGAUGCUGCAGUUCACGGUGCGCCAGCUCGCCGAGGUCGAGAACGGCAUGAACGCCGUCGAGCGCAUCCAGUACUACGGCACGCAGCUCGAGGAGGAGGCGCCGCUGCACACGGUCGAGGUGCGCAAGGAGUGGCCCGAGAAGGGCGAGAUCGUGUUCGACAACGUCGAGAUGCGGUACCGCGAAGGGCUGCCGCUCGUGCUGCAGGGGCUCAACAUGCACGUGCGCGGCGGGGAGCGCAUCGGCAUCGUCGGCCGCACGGGCGCGGGCAAGUCGAGCAUCAUGUCGACGCUGUUCCGGCUCGUCGAGCUCAGCGGCGGGCACAUCACCAUCGACGGCGUCGACAUCUCGACCAUCGGCCUCGGCGACCUGCGGAGCCGGCUCGCUAUCAUCCCCCAGGACCCGACGCUGUUCCGUGGCACGGUGCGCAGCAACCUCGACCCGUUUGACGAGCACACCGAUGCGGAGCUGUGGUCUGCGCUGCGGCAGGCGGAUCUGGUGAGCGAGGAGGGCAGUGGGACUGGUGCUGGUGCGGGCAGUAGCGAGGCGAGCAAUACCUACAAGCCGGCUGCUGCUGCGGCGUCGUCUAAGGAUGCUCCUGCACCCACGGCAGGAGCGGCUGGCAACACCACCACCGCCACCACCAACAACAAAGAGACGGGCCGCAUCCACCUCGACAGCGUCGUCGAGGAGGACGGGCUCAACUUCUCCCUGGGCCAGCGGCAGCUCAUGGCGCUGGCGCGCGCGCUCGUCAGGGGCAGCCGCAUCAUCGUCUGCGACGAGGCCACGUCGUCGGUCGACAUGGAGACGGACGACAAGAUCCAGCGGACCAUGGCGUCGGCGUUCCGGGGCCGCACGCUGCUGUGCAUCGCGCACCGGCUGCGCACGAUCGUGGGCUACGACCGCAUCUGCGUCAUGGACCAGGGCCGCAUCGCGGAGCUGGGCGAGCCGAUGGAGCUGUGGCGCCGCGCCGAGGGCGGCAUCUUCCGCGGCAUGUGCGACCGCAGCGGGAUCCGGUUUGAGGACAUACGCGGUGCGAGGGAGGAUUUCGGCGGGCUUGGCCGGGAUGGGGAUGGUGGGUUUGGUGGUGGUGGUGAUGAUGGGGAGGGAGGUGAGGGGAUUGGGAGCGGGAAGGAUAAAGAGACGGUGAAGGAGAAGGAGGAGAUGUGA